CGCCGGAAGGGGGCCCGGGACCUGCAGCACCUGCGGGAUGGAGCGGGAGCCCGGCGACGGCAGCCUCUUCUUCCGCGGCCUCCGGAACCGCUCCCGCGAGAAGGUGAAGCUGCGGAAGAGAAAGUCGGCCUUGUACCUCGGCCCCCAGGAGAGCUCCCGGCGCCGCGGUCUUCUUGGUGAGAACAUUUAUCUGGUCUUGUUUACCAUAGCAUUACGAAUAUGUAACUGCUUUUUAGUGCAGACAAGUUUUGUUCCAGAUGAGUACUGGCAGUCUCUUGAAGUUGCACAUCAUAUGGUUUUCAAUUAUGGUUAUUUGACCUGGGAAUGGACAGAAAGAUUGAGGGGUUACACUUACCCCUUAAUCUUUGCAAGCAUGUACAAGAUUCUGCAUCUUUUGGGGAAUGAUAGUGUUCAGUUGCUGAUUUGGAUUCCUAGACUUGCCCAAGCACUUCUGUCUGCUAUAGCCGACUUGAAACUUUACUCAUUAAUGAAGCAACUAGAAAAUCAGCAAGUAGCAAGAUGGGUGUUUUUUUGCCAGUUGUGCUCUUGGUUCACAUGGUAUUGCUGUACCAGAACUCUUACAAACACCAUGGAAACUGUUCUCACUGUAAUUGCUCUUUUCUACUACCCUUUGGAAGGGUCAAAGUCUAUGAACAGUGUCAAGUACUCAUCCCUGGUGGCACUUGCCUUCAUAAUUCGCCCCACAGCAGUCAUUCCAUGGAUACCUUUGCUCUUCAGACAUUUCUGGCAAGCACAGAGAAAGCUUGAUCUUAUUCUACAUCAGUUUUUACCUGUUGGAUUUGUCACUUUGAGUUGGUCUCUGAUAAUUGAUCGUAUAUUUUUUGGUCAAUGGACUCUGGUUCAAUAUAAUUUUUUGAAAUUUAACGUGCUGCAGAAUUUGGGGACAUUUUAUGGUUCUCAUCCAUGGCAUUGGUACUUCAGUCAAGGAUUUCCAGUUGUUUUGGGUACUCACCUACCCUUCUUUAUUCAUGGCUGCUUUCUAGCCCCAAAGAGGUACCGGAUACUUUUGGUGACUGUACUGUGGACACUUCUGAUUUAUAGCAUGUUGAGCCACAAAGAAUUCAGGUUUAUCUAUCCAGUUUUACCAUUCUGUAUGGUGUUCUGUGGGUAUUCACUAAACCACCUGAAAAUGUGGAAGAAACCAGCUCUAAGUUUCCUGUUUUUAUCAAAUAUGCUCCUUGCCCUCUAUACUGGUUUAGUUCAUCAAAGAGGUACUCUUGAUGUCAUGACUCAUAUUCAAGAACUCGGAUACAACAAUCUCAAUAAAUCUGCAGCUUCAGUAUUUGUAAUGAUGCCUUGCCACUCUACUCCUUUUUAUAGCCAUGUCCACCACCCACUUCCGAUGAGAUUUCUCCAGUGUCCCCCAGACCUAACUGGAAAAAGUCAGUAUCUUGAUGAAGCAGAUGUAUUUUAUCAAAAUCCCUUAAGCUGGUUGUAUAAAGAGUUUCACAACAAUUCAACGUUGCCUACUUACUUGAUCAUUUUCAACGUUUUGGAAGAGGAAAUCAGUGCUUUCCUAAUUUCAAGAAACUAUGAGAGAACUGCUAUUUUCUUCCACACUCACUUGCCAGAGGGUCGAACCGGAAGUCACAUAUACAUCUAUGAACGGAAGUUAAAAGGGAAACUCUAUAGAAGAUGAAAUUCUGAACUGUUUUUAGAUCUUUCCCAGAGAAAAAGACACUGCUCGGUAAAAAUAUUCAGAUGCUGCUUAAAUACACUAGUAAACUCCGGGUAAGAUUCAUGGAACUAGCAAAACACCUCUGAACUGCUCUACCAAAUAUUACUACUGAGGAAAUGUACGAAAAUUAUCACAAAAUAUAAAAUUGUAUUAAUAUAAUGCCCAGAUUUUAAAUAAAGACCUUUAGUUUUCCUCA